CUAGCCUGGCAAUCUGGAAAGUUCAAAUUUUGACUGUCCAACUUGUAACUCUUCUAAGCCAUGUCCUUCUGUACCCAGGUCCAAUUGACUGUCGCUGGCCAACAUGAUGAAUCUCAAGUCCAUGAAGGAUUACCUUGCCUGGCUGUAUUACCAAUACACCCUCAUUAGCUGCUGCGCUGUCCUCGAGCCCUGGGAGCGAUCCAUGUUCAACACCAUUUUGCUCACCAUCCUGGGAAUGGUGGUGUACACAGCCUAUGUCUUUAUCCCCAUUCACAUUCGCCUGGCGUGGGAGUUCUUCUCUGAAAUAUUUGGAGACCAAAGUACUGCUUCGGUCUCUAACUGAAAUGGCCCAGUACCAAUGGGAAGGGCCUCUGCACUCCGUGAAGUUAUAUUACAUAAUGAUGUUGUUGCUUAGGCAUUUCUGAUUUCUGUGAACAUUGCAUCCUCC